AAUAUUAAUAAUAUAAAAGUAAAAUUGAUAAUAUUUAGUUUUUAAGAAAUAACUCUUCAAAUGGCUUGCCAUACGGCGUGAUUUACUGCAUUUAAUAGCAAGGACGCAUCGGCUGUUGCUUGAGAUGUUCAAGGGCAAAACGUGUGUGAUUUUGAAUAAUUUAUGGUUUGUUUAUGAGUUCACACAAUUCAUGCAGGAUUUUUCAGAACCAUAGUCUGGUAAAAGAUAAUUCCACAACAAAUGUAUGCUAUGUAGUAAGCAGAACGUGAAGGGAAUGGAAUACGGUCGACUUUUUAAAAGCUUUGUGUCAAACAUGAAUGCAUGCAGUGUUAAAACAGCAUUAACUGAAUGCAUUGAAGCAUUUGGUUGCGUCUUGUAUGUAGUAGCUACCUAUACCACAGUUUUACUUCUAAUUCUUCUCGAUUAUCCCGUUUGCAUCGUUUAAAUUUUUCGCAGUGACUCGUUUGUUAUAUUUUACCUCCCGAGAGUGAUUUCACACUGUAAUUGUGGCGGAAAUCGAUCGCAAACUUUGAUCUGAUCGCGUUAUUGCUGGCUUACCGCAGGCGCGCGCAUGGGGUCUGGUUGGCGAUGCAGAAAUGUGAUUUGCAUCUCAAUGUCCAGGCACUCUAGCAGAUGUUUCGUUGCUUACUCAUUCGAAAUAAGACGCCACAACUUCCAUAGGAAAGACAAUAAACACGGGAAGACGUCUUUUAGUCAGGGAAGGAUGUAUAAUGAGGGUUUGAGGAGGGGGUUUGUAUUGUCCCUGGGGACGCCACCCCUUGUUGCAGCUGUUGCGUCUGUUGCAGAAGUUGUUUUCUGACAUUUGAAGAGAAGCGUCCUCAUGAGCAACAACAACGCAAGGAAAAUGUCGGGCAUAUUUUUAGAUGAGGACAAUAGUGUAGGCUGCAGGUGGUUACGUCUUUGAAAGGUAUGUGGAAAAAGGCCAACUCUCCAGUCUAAGGUUCACACUGUGAGGAAGUUUUAAACCUAUAUGAGCCCACGGGAACUACACUCUUUUAAAUCUUUCGGAAGCUCUUUGACUUCGCUGUUCAAGCUUGCAGAGGGAUAAAAGGACUAUUCUGCAACACUUCUAUUGAAUGAGAAUCUCACCUCACCAUCUCUUUGGCGCUAUAGGAAUUCCAGCUCAGAUCUGAGAGGAUAAACAAGUACAGUCAGAAUGGCAAGAGGGACUUUCUUUUUUGUUGUGCAGGGCCAGAUUUGUUUCUUCCUGUUUCUGGCUUUACUUGGCCUCUCUUCAGUUCAGAGUACAGAAUGUCCGCAGCUUUGUGUGUGUGAGAUCCGGCCUUGGUUCACACCCCAGUCCACCUACAGAGAAGCAACUACCGUUGAUUGCAAUGACCUUCACCUUACGCGCAUCCCUGGCAACCUGUCCGCUGACACGCAGGUGUUGCUUCUGCAAAGUAACUACAUUGCCAGAACUAGCGAGGAACUGGAGCAGUUACUGAAUCUCACAGAACUCGACCUGUCCCAGAACAAUUUCAGCAACAUCCGUGAUAUCGGCUUGACCAACAUGUCACAACUCACGACGCUUCACCUGGAGGAAAACCAAAUAGUCGAGAUGCCUGACUUCAGUUUGCAAGACCUCACCAAUCUACAGGAGCUGUACAUUAAUCACAAUCAGAUCAGCUCCAUUGCACCCAAUGCCUUUGCUGGAUUGCGUAACCUUCUGAGACUCCAUCUGAACUCCAACAGACUCAAGGCCAUUGACAAUCGUUGGUUUGAAUCAACCCCCAACCUGGAGAUCCUGAUGAUUGGGGAAAAUCCUGUGGUCGGCAUCCUGGAUUUGAACUUCAAACCUCUUACCAACUUGAGAAGCCUGGUCCUGGCAGGAAUGGAGCUCACUGAUAUCCCAGGAAAUGCGUUUGUUGGACUAGACAACCUGGAGAGUCUAUCCUUCUAUGACAAUAAACUAGUUCGGGUGCCGCAGACUGCUCUGCAGAAGCUUCCAAACCUGAAAUUCCUGGAUUUGAACAAGAAUCCGAUACAUAAAAUUCAAGAGGGGGACUUUAAGAACAUGCUAAGGCUGAAAGAACUUGGCAUUAACAACAUGGGAGAACUUGUGUCCAUCGAUCGCUUUGCCCUGGAUAACCUCCCAGAGUUGACCAAACUCGAAGCCACCAACAACCCCAAGUUUUCCUACGUGAGCCGUUUAGCAUUCCGUGACUUGCCGUCACUAGAGAGUCUAAUGCUCAAUAACAAUGCUCUAAACUCCCUCUACCAGGCUACGGCGGAGUCCCUUCCCAACCUGAGGGAGAUCAGUAUCCACAGCAACCCGCUGCGCUGCGACUGUGUAAUUCAGUGGAUGAGCUCAAACAAGACAACCAUUCGAUUUAUGGAGCCUCUUUCCAUGUUUUGUGCGAUGCCGCUUGAGGUUAGAGGUCAGCGCGUGAGAGACGUGCUUUCUCGUGAAACUUCAGGCCAGUGUCUGCCCAUGAUCUCUCACGACACGUUCCCCAAUCACCUCAACCUAGACAUCGGAAUGACAGUAGACCUUGACUGUCGUGCUAUGGCCGAACCUGAACCGGAAAUAUACUGGGUGACCCCAUCUGGUAACAAAGUCAUGAUGGAUACAGUGUCAGAUAAAUACCAACUCAGCAGUGCAGGAACUCUGCGCAUAUCCCACAUUCAGGUGGACGACUCUGGCCACUACACCUGUGUGGCCCAAAACACAGAAGGAGCGGACACUCGGGUGACCGCCAUUCGAGUCAAUGGAACUCUUCUGGAUAGCACCCAACUUAUGAAGAUCUAUGUGAAACAAACCGAGUCUCACUCGAUUUUAGUGUCCUGGAAAGUGAACUCCAAUGUCAUGACGUCCAAUCUAAAGUGGUCGUCUGCCACCAUGAAAAUCGACAACCCUCACAUCACCUAUACAGCUAAAGUUCCUGUAGAUGUUCAUGAGUACAACCUCACACACCUUCAGCCAGCCACUGAGUAUGAGGUCUGUCUCUCAGUCUCUAAUAUCCACCAGCAGACCCAAAAGUCAUGCGUCAACGUCACAACCAAGCACGCAACGUUUGCAGUGGAAAUCUCUGAGCAGGGCACCAAUACGGCUCUGGCAGGUGUCAUGGGCACAAUACUGGCCAUCAUCAGCCUAGGCUCCAUCACGGUGUACAUUGCAAAGAGAUGGAAGAGGAAGAACUACCACCACUCCUUAAAGAAGUACAUGCAGAAAACCUCCUCCAUCCCCCUAAACGAACUGUAUCCUCCCCUCAUUAACUUAUGGGAGGCAGACAGUGAAAAGGACAAGGACGGUUCUUCAGAAACUAAGCCGACACAGGUGGACACAACAAGAAGUUAUUACAUGUGGUGAAGCCUACCAGACGUUUUUUCUUCUUUAGAGCACAAAGACACAUCUUUACUUAUUUGUGCGUAAAAAGACAUGGAUUUCGUUUUUUCUGCUUCGCUUACUUGCAAGCAACUAUUCAGACUGAUAUCUCUGACUUUUUAGUAGAGUGUUUUGCCUUUUAAUCUUCUUUAUCUUUCAAUAUGGCAGCUUUGUUUAGCUUCCGAGACAUGUUAGUAGCUGUGCUUUUUCUUUUUGUUCAUUAUAUUUUCAUAGCACAGCAUAGAUAAUGUCAAGGAUUGACUUUGGGUCGAUUGAUGCUGUAGUACUGUAUCUGAUCCAAUAUUGAUAUGUCUUUGGCAGUAUUCAUAGAGAAUGCAUUGUUUCUUUCUCUCUUGCGUAAGACAGUUUAACUGUUGUGCACUGAAAUAUAUUAACAAAUUUGUCUUUGGACUCCAGUGUAAGCUGACAAGGUGAGUUUAGACUUGAUACACUGUCUAUUGAAAAAUGUUAGCAAUUGUUCUGUAAUGUUGUAUCAACUAUAAUUUGAACAUUUUGGAUUUUCUCAAAAGUAAUUUUUGAUUUAGAACUUAACUUUGCAGAUUAAAGAAUUGUAAACCAGCAAUAGAAAUGUGAAUGUUAAAUAAUUAGGUUGUAGAAAAAUGCUUUUUUUAAUUACUCAGAUUCUUCUUUUUUUUAAUUGGCUAGAAUCUGUUAAUCAUUUAAUUUUGUUGUAAUUUACACAUGCAAAAUAUGUUGCAUAUUACAGUGCAAACAAAAAUAAAAUACAGUUUUGUUCUGAUAUUUUUUAUACAAUGA